AUGCUUGAUUUCAUGGAUUACAUCCAACUCGCCUUCGGCGACACGACGGAUUGGAACCGUGACAAUUCGUAUUCGUCGCUCACGGCCACCGCGCAAUCGCUCCUCGACUUCAGAACCCCGGAACGCCUGCGCGUCCAUCUCUCAUCCCUAUCCACUCCACACUUCGCUACCAGUUACACCCUCGGCACCGUUGGCUUAAUCGAUGGCUCUGUCUCGUAUCUAUACAGCACCGUCCCCUUCGACAACACACCCAGUCGAAGCGCCCUGCUCCCUCUCCGCAAGCUUUCCCCCGGCUACCGUCAAGUUCAGCCGCCUGUAGCCCCCGUCGAGAACUGGGGCUGGGACUCGAUCCUCGAUGGAAUGAGUUCCGGCUUGGAGCCGACCCAGAAGAAUCCCAAGCACGAUGGCAGCAGCAGCAGUAGAAGCGGCCAUGAAUCGGCUUCAACUCCCCUCGCUCAGAAAGCCACUUUGCUGCAUGCAACGCUGCAUCUUCCUCCUCCCACCACUUUGAAUGCGCUCUUCCUGCGCCGCAUCUCGCCCACAAUGCAACUCACCUUGGCAGUCUCCUCGACGCGAGGUCCGCCUCUAUCAAAGUCCGCUCCGCAAGCUUCCCUCCUGACCCAGCUCUCCCACAACACGGGGAAAUACAGCAACGAGUACCUGUUCAGUACAGACAAUGCGCUCUUUGGAUGGCGCGGACUAUGGAAUUUCGGCCCGGAUCCGCGCACUUCCAAAGACAACGUCUCUCCCCGCCUCUCGCUCCUCUCCGCUGGCGCAGAAGCCUACUAUUCCCCAGUCUCGUCACUCGUGGGCAUGUCAACCGGGUUGAGAUUCAGCACUCUCCCCGCGGCCACAGAUCUUCCUUCUUCAGUCAUCUCGUCUUCUUCUGCCUCUACCUCUUCCGUGUCCUCCUCGUCGCCCUCUCCUAAUAACAACGCCCCCUUCUCCACCUUCCCCUACACACUGACCUUAACCUUAACCCCACUCACGGGCUCUCUCUCAACGACAUAUUCGCUGCGCGCAUCGCCCAAUCUCGCUUUUAGCUCCCGCUUCGGCUUCAACGUCUACAGCUGGGAAAGCGAAAUGGUAGCGGGCUGUGAACUAUGGCAACAGUCCAAACGACUCUCCGACGAGGAUACCACCAACAACGACGACGGUUUGGAAUGGGCCCGUCGGAAAAUGCGUCUCUCGCAGCCGGUCCUUCUUCCUCCAUCAGCAGAGGUGCUUGGCACUGGCACUGGCACUGGCCCUGGCCCUGGCAGAGAUGCGAACACUAAGAAGGAGGAAGAGGCUAAUGGAUCGGUGCUGAAAAUCAGGGUCGAUCAGUCAUGGAAUGUACGACUGCUGUGGGAGGGGAGAGUCAAGGAGUUGUUGGUUAGUGCGGGAGUUGGGCUGGGGCCGAGUUCGUUCUCUCCCUCCUCGCCGUCGUCGUUGUCUUCGUGGACGAAUCCGUCUGGAGGACAGAGUGGAGGAGGGGGUGGAGGUCCGGGCAAGUCGUAUUGGAGAGGAGUUGGGGUAUCGGUGCUAUAUUCGUCGUGA